AUGCAAGUAUCGAGCAAUUCCACGACUCGAUAUAAGCCUCAUACUGUACAUGUACGUCCAAGACAAAUUUCAUCGAAUUCACUUUCAAAUGUUGCUGUCAAUCCAAGAGUAAAGGUGAUAUUUAAUCCAUGGAGUGGGGAGUCUCCAACAAACUUUAACCAAUCGAAAAAUAUCAUAGAACAACGAAAACCCAACAAUGAACGUGAACGCCAACGUUCACGUCGAGGAGCCUGGUGUUUAAUCUGUGCGUUAGUAACAUGUGGUAUAUUCUUGGCUGCAGGGAUUAUUGCUGUACUUGUAAUCAUAAUACUACACAGUGACACAAUAGCGACUAAUUCAACAACGUCAUUCACGGCAACAACAACGACAGCAACUACGACAACAUCAACAACAACAACGACUACAUCGACUUCAACUUCAUCGACCAGCACCACUAGUACAUCGACUUCAACUACAUCGGCAACAACAACAACGACACCAUCAUGUACGAGUCCAAAUACAGCAGGAGCAAUUUUUAGCUUUGCUUCUGGCUCUGCCCCAACCACCUAUACACUUUAUACACAUGGUUUCACUGCUGCUGGUUCUUCAGCAACUCUAUCAUUUAUCAUGACAGGUGACAGUGGACCUGCUUUUCACUAUUGGCUACUGGACACUAUCGGUCAAUGA